CACUAGGUAGGCUGUAAGACAUCAAUCACUCCACAUCAUAUGUGUAGUGAUUGUAUUGCCAUUUGGGAUACGGCCGCUCCGAACCGGAAUUAGCGGUACAUAAUGGUUGUGUUACAGGGCAAAGGAAGGUAGAUGUCAGACGGAUCUCCGCACAACUAGCAUCACAAAACAAGAUGAUUUUUAAAAAGCAUGUAGCGUGAUAAAGGACGAGGAGGACAUUUUGACAUCUUCAUCACCAAGUCGGAGCGUUUAAUUACGACACCGCGCGCUUCUUGGAGCAGUGAUAGAGUGAUGCUGGCUGCCUCGAGCUGUGAUUGUCCGCACCUGGAGUGUGUUGGAGAGAUCACUAAAGAUGAGCUCAUCCAAAAGUCUCAUGGCCAGUGCCAGGACUGCAGUGUUGGUGGACCAAACCUCUGGGCCUGUCUGGAAAAUGGAUGUGCUUAUGUCGGAUGUGGAGAGUCUCACGCUGACCACAGCACGGUCCACUCUCAGGAGACGCAGCACAACCUGACGGUGAAUCUGACCACGCUGAGGGUUUGGUGUUAUGCCUGUUUAAAGGAAGUUUUCUUGGACAGGAAGCUGGGCCCCGUAACCCCGCCCACUGGCACCGCCAAACCCAUCUCACCUGUCACGCUGCCUGACCAGGAUCCUGGCGUCCUGUGCGGCCCUGCCACUCUGAGAGCACCAGCAGCCGGAGUCCCCGAAGACCUGGAUAUGGAGACGGAAGAAGAAGACGACAUGAAGACUAGAGGUCUGACCGGCCUGAAAAACAUCGGCAACACCUGCUACAUGAACGCAGCUCUGCAGGCGCUGUCCAACUGGUAUACUUUAUUUCUCCACAGAAGCACUGUGAUGUCUUUUGCUCUAAAGCAACUGGUCAAUAAAGUAGUUAUUCAUUGUGUCAUUACAGAGCACGCCUUCAGGUCGUCACCAGGCUGUGUUUCUUCUUUAUUGUCUUUCAGUCCUCCCCUCACUCAGUUCUUCACCGAAUGUGACGGUCUGGUCCGAACAGACAAGAAGCCGGCGCUGUGUAAAAGCUACCAGAAGCUCGUUACAGACCUGUGGCACAAAAACAGGCCUUCCUACGUCGUCCCAACCAACCUGUUCCAGGGCAUCAAAGCCGUUAAUCCCAUGUUUCGAGGUUACUCCCAACAGGAUUCUCAAGAGUUCCUACGCUGCCUGAUGGACCAGCUCCAUGAAGAGCUCAAGGAGCCCAUAGAAGAACCUGAGGACCAGAAUCAGAGCACAGGGGCGCACGAGGACGAGCCAAACGAGCCCUCGGAGCCGAACGAAGCCCUCGAUGUUAACGAAGCAGACAUGCUCAUCACAGACGAGGAGAAAGCGAGCCGAGAGCGUCAGAAGGAGAAGAACAUGAUCAACGAGCUGCACCGAGCCGACCCGGACAAGGACGAGGACAUGGCCGGCAUCGCCAGCAGCCAGGGAGCCAUGAAACACGGCAAAGCCACGGACACUAACUCAGAGAUCCAGAUCAGCAGCAGUGGCUGGACCCAGAGCCCGAGUGCCAGCGAGAACAUCGGGUCCAAACUGUCCUGCAGCCCGCCCAAAUCCAACCCGGUGUGGCCGAACCUCAAUGCAGCUCACAAGAAAAUGAACGUAUUUGCGCCGCCAAAGAGCAAGCGGCAGAGGAAAUACCGCAGCAUCAUCUCGGACAUUUUUGACGGCACCAUCGUGAGCUCGGUGCAGUGUCUGACCUGCGACAGGGUCUCUGUGACUCUGGAGAACUUUCAGGACAUUUCCCUGCCCAUUCCCGGGAAAGAGGAUCUCGCCAAGCUUCACUCUGCUACUCAUCAAACGUCGCUGGUGAAGGCGGGUUCGUGCGGCGAGGCUUACGCUCCUCAGGGCUGGAUCGCCUUCGUCCUCGAGUACAUCAAGAGCUGGUUCUGGGGCCCGGUGGUCACGCUGCAGGACUGUCUGGCCGCCUUCUUCGCUAGAGACGAACUGAAAGGAGACAAUAUGUACAGCUGUGAAAAGUGCAAGAAGUUGAGAAACGGAGUCAAGUUCUGCAAAGUUAAGAGUUUACCGGAGAUCUUAUGCGUUCAUCUGAAGCGCUUUAGACAUGAGCUGAUGUUCUCCACCAAGAUCAGCACUCACGUCUCUUUCCCGCUGGACGGCUUGGACCUGCAGCCCUUCCUGGCCAAAGACAGCUCUGCCCAGACCACCACCUACGACCUGCUGUCCGUCAUCUGUCACCAUGGCACAGCCGGCAGCGGUCACUACGUGGCUUACUGCCGCAACGACCUGAACCAUAUGUGGUACGAGUUUGACGACCAGAGCGUGACCGAAGUCUCCGAGUCCUGCGUUCAGAACGCCGAGGCCUACGUGCUCUUCUACAAGAAGAGCAGCGAGGAGACGCAGAAGGAGAGGCGGCGGAUCACGGCUUUGCUCAACAUGACGGAGCCGAGCCUGCUGCAGUUCUACGUCUCACGCCAGUGGCUCACCAAGUCCCGGACCUUCGCCGAACCCGGGCCCAUCUCCAACCGUGACUUCCUGUGUGCACACGGAGGUGUGCCGCCCCACAAGGCUGCAUAUAUCGAUGACCUCGUGGUCAUGCUGCCCCAAAACGUCUGGGACCAUCUGUACAGCAGGUAUGGAGGAGGGCCAGCAGUCAACCAUCUGUACGUCUGCCACACCUGCCAGAUGGAGAUCGAGAAGCUGGAGAAACGGUGCAAGAACGAGCUGGACAUGUUCGUCCGGCUGAACAAGGCGUUUCAGGAGGAAGAGUCCCCCCUGGUCAUCUACUGCAUCAGCAUGCAGUGGUUCCGGGAAUGGGAGGCUUUUGUCAAGGGCAAGGACAACGAUCCUCCAGGACCUAUCGACAACUCGAAGAUCGCCGUGAACAAAAACGGCCACGUCACGCUCAAGCAAGGCGCCGAUUCUGGCCAGAUCUCAGAGGAGACGUGGAACUUCCUGCACUCGAUCCACGGUGGUGGUCCUACUGUGACUGUGCGACCCAGUGUGAAUCACCAGGACCAAGACUCCUCACAGGCUGAGGAGAAGAUCGCGGUGGAUACUCGAGCCCUGUAGAGUAGAGAGGACACAGGAAAAUCCUUCAGUUUGCACUUCCACUCUCUCUAUCUCUCUCUCUCUCUCUCGCUCUCUUCAUUCCUUGUGUUCAUUCCUUACAAGCUUCACUAUAUUACACUUCAUGUCUGUAUAUACAGCACUCUUUGUUAGUUAGUUAGUUAGUUAGUUAGUUAGUUAGUAAUUGGACUGAAAAUCAGCACAUUUCCUCUGGUGUCAUCGUACAGCCAGGACGCUGAGCCUAUACGUACUGCUAAGUCAGUCGCACUGAAACUCUUUCCUUUAAACACACGUCACACAUGUUGUUAAUAGUACUCAUUGCUUCCGGCUUUUGGAACCUAAGAAGACGGAGCUUGUGCUGCGGAGAAUAAAAAGCGAUUCCGCUCAUCGCAAAACGGCCGCCUGCUAACGUUAGCUUCGUGUUUUAACGCUUACCCGUAAACAUUACUGGCUUGUAAAAUCAUUGAUGGUAAUAAUAAUAAUAAUAAUAAUAAUAAUAAUGACAAUGAUAAUAAUAUAAUAAUUACAAAAAUACGUGGCUUAUGGUUCGAGGUAUAUUUAAUUUUUCCCCCAUAUCGUUUGAAGGAAUUUUAGGAAACUAUUUCUUUUUUUUUUUUUAAUGAGCUAUCCCUUUAAAGCGGAGCUGAAGUCAAUGACUGAAUAUAUGUACACUAUAUAACUUGAACAUAAAUGUAUCUCUUAUCAAGGUGCACUGUAAGAUAAGGGGAACGUGUCAUCUUCGUGAACGCCAUUCCGAAGCGCUUAGAACCCUAUUUUCCGGAACCCAGGCCCUGGAUCAAGACGUUUAAAACGAAUAUGUAUCCAGCAGGAAUUUACCGGUAUUUAGUUUUUGUCCCUUUAGAGUUGCUGCGGCUUAACGAUCUCGAUCGGUCGCUGUAACAGGGCUCCUCGUGAACAUCCCUAGUCCUUUAUAUCCACCGGAAAAUAAGGUAAUCUCAGGAAAGCGCUUUUUGUUUUUCUUUCCCCUUACUGUUCGUCAACGUCGAAGCGGCGCAUGCUCCAGCAACGAGGUCCGUAUAUAUGAACGUAGCCGCGUUUUAAAAAGCCCUGCGUGGUCGCUUAUUUAUUUUAGAAGGUCAUGUGACGUGCUAGAACGUAGAACAUAGACAUGUAUAUUUUACCUCCCUCCCACCUGUGCUAAUCCAGAUUCUGGACACACGAUAGUAGGAAAGCUAACGAUCGCAUGCUCAGAACCUCCUGAAAUGUGUAUGGAAAAAAAAAUAAAUAAAUACAUCACCUCCA